AUGAUAAACGAGACUAUGGUGACGGUUCCAGAGGUUGGCAAGAAGGUGACAGUGCAAACUGGCCAGGAGAAGAAAGUGUAUAAACGCGCUAUGUGCAAGAUGCCCGUCGGGGAAAGGAAGCGUUUCCGCAAGAGCCCGAGCGGCAGCUCCGACGGGAGCCCAAGUGCGGUGCCCUUGCGGGUCUUUCACCCUGAAGAGGCGGACCGCAUCGCCGUGCGCAUUCAGCAAGAACUGGACACCAAAUUAUUUACGUUGAAAAAUAAAAUAUACAAGGACUACAUGCCGGAGAUUGUCGGAUGGCACCGAAGCGGCGCGGAACUUGCAAGGGGAGGAGAACGACCCGUGAUCUCCUCCUUUCGUAGAAAACCAAUCUGUUUCCUAAAUGCGGCUGAACGGGGUUUGCUAGAGGGACUACCGCCCAUCGAACAGAUCAACUUCAAACACAUCACAGACGACGCCACUCGAGCCCUCCUAAUCGAUACUAUCACAUCAGUCGCCAACAAGGUUCUCUUCCUACUUCUGGUCGAGUACAAGUCUUGGUACCUACAAAAAAAUGUUCGUGGAGAACUCUCUCUUCAGAUCGCCCAACUCAUUUGGGGCGACAAAACCACACCCCAAGCAGUCGACUUCGUCCGCGGCUUCAUCGACGAACGAAGCCGCAACUUCCGUGACGUCGUCAGCCGCGUUUUUAAGAGAAACGCCAUCCGAAAUGCAUCAUGA